UAAAAAAUAAUCGAAAUGCCUUCUCCCCUAUAAAUCCAUGCUCUCUGUGCAUUCUUCCACCACAACAACAACGAGAAACAAUACUGAGAUAAUUAACUAACACUCAUCAUAUUCAACAAUGAAGAUCACCAAGUUUGUAGUGCUCUCCUUUCUUCUCUUUGCCUUCACAGCAACUUCAAUAUUUCCUCAUGCUGUUCAUGCAGAAGAUCCUGAAGCAGUGAUCGAUGUCAACGGUAAUGAGGUGACAGCUGAUGCUCGUUAUUUCAUCGGAGCCGCUUCGGAUGAUAAUACAACAACUCUUGCGGUCUCUGCGACUAGCCAGAUCAUAUGCAAUUCAGAUGUUAUACUUUCCUCAAUGAGCAAUGGGCUCCCAGUAACAUUUUCAUCACCAGUUGGAGAAUCCAACGACGGUGUCAUCCGCGAAGACAGUUAUCUGAAUGUGAACUUUGAUGCAGCCACAUGUAGGAUGGCGGGCGUAUCAACCAUGUGGAAGAUGGAGUUGAGGCCAACAAUGCGAGGAUUCGUUGUGACCACAGGAGGUGUUGAUGGAUUGAAUCGGUUUAAGAUCACCAAGUAUGAAGGUGGUAAUAAUUCGUAUCAGCUUUCUUACUGUCCAAUUUCCGACCCCAUGUGCGAAUGCUCAUGCGCAUGCGUCCCACUUGGCAACGUUGUCGAUCGCUUGGCUCCCAGCACCAUCCCUUUUCCUGUUGUGUUUGAACCAGUUGCAGAUAAAAGCUCCUGAAAUCGAGUAUAAAAUGAUGCAAGAAUGAUAUCGAUCACUACUGCCAUCCUGAAUGAGGAAGCUCACUGUCAUGGGUUGGGCAUAAAUAAAUUUUAAAUAAAUACGAAGCUUUUUAGCUUUAGCUUUCCCUUAAUGUACUUGUUGUCUCCAUUAAUAUAAUACGUUUUUUUCUUUA